GGAAAUAUGCCUAUUCUAUCCAAUCUGACACAGACCCUGGAAGACGUCUUCAGAAGGAUUUUUAUUACUUAUAUGGACAAUUGGCGCAGGAACACGACAGUGGAGCAAGAGGCCCUGCAAGCCAAGGUUGAUGCUGAGAACUUCUACUAUGUCAUCCUGUACCUGAUGGUGAUGAUUGGAAUGUUCUCUUUCAUCAUCGUAGCCAUCCUGGUGAGCACGGUGAAAUCCAAGCGACGAGAACACUCCAACGACCCCUACCACCAGUACAUCGUGGAGGACUGGCAAGGGAAAUACAAGAGUCAAAUUCUGAACCUAGAAGAAUCAAGGGCCACCAUCCACGAGAACAUUGGUGCAGCAGGGCUCACAAGGUCUCCUUGAUCAGCGAGAGAGGCAUAGAGCCAACGGCCGACAUGCAAAUAUGAAGAGACACCUGUGCCAUGGAGCAAAUCCAGUUGUCAUUGCUUAGAAGACACUAAGUUCCUCGCUCUCUGUUGGGAAGUUUCGUGGAGAUGAUGUGGUUUGUCAAUUAAGAUAGAGGACAUUUCAAUCUCAGUGAUUUUAUCCUUGCUCAUUGGAGCAACGUUUUAUGACAAAGCCUUCUUUUACUUUCUGAGGGAUGGAGAUGUCAUUUUAAUCAAUGUCAGUCCUGCUGUGGUGCAACGGGAUCAGCUGUCUUGGGAGAGCCGGGUUGAAGGUUUGAUUCCUGAUCUCCUCCUCGGCAGGGCUGGUGAGGGACUCACUGUUGCCGCAGGUGAGGCUUAGGUUAACGACUGUGGUUCAGAUCUGAUUCCUGGCCUAGGAACUCCAUACGCCAUGGG